AUGGCUGUUCCGGGAAUGGGCAGUGACUUCCAGCUUUUCUCUCCCGUCUCGUUGAGAGACAGAAAAGGUUCUCAAGGAGACUCGGGAAGCGAUGAUGCCGGCCAGGAUUGGACUCAGUGGAUGAGAUGGGACGACCAGAACUUCCCGGAUAUCGUCAAGGACAUGUCAAUAUCGCCGUCGGAUAUCCCCAUGGCAUCGCCAAAUACCUCGAUAUCAAAGAACAGUCUGGACUAUCUCCAAACAUCCGACUUCUCGCCCAAUCUUCCAGUCGACUGUACGAACGUGCCGUUUGAACCGUUCUUGGUUCAACAUUCCGGCGGUGUGAUUCCGUCACAAAUAAUACCAAACGACGGCACGGAGUUAUACUCCGCGAACUCGAUUGCAUCUGGAUCUUCUCCGGCCUCCUUGAUCGGUGCCGGUAUCAAACGGAAAUCAGGCAGUGAUGAUGACGGAUCGACUAUCAGCGGGCUAGUUCAGAAUGGAAGGAAGAUCCCAUCCAAGAAAAGAGCGCAUAAUGUCAUUGAAAAACGAUAUCGAGCGAAUUUGAACGAGAAAAUUGCAGAACUCCGGGAUAGUGUACCUUCUCUGCGGGCGAUCGACGACGAUGAUGAAGGUGCUUCCAUCUUGUCCAAAGCAACCGAAUACAUCCGACACCUCGAAAUCCGAAACAAGAGGCUCGAGGAUGAAAAUACUGCCCUGAAGAUCAGACUUCGUGAACUAGAAAAGGCUGCCGAUCAAUCCCUAACUUCAGCAGCAUCUGUCUCCUCCCCCAGCAACUACACCGUUUCCAGCGAAUCCCGCGCAAGCGCUUCUCCAAGCAUAUUCUCACAUUCGGAAGAUAGCCCUAUUGAUCACUCGCCCUCUUCUUCCCAGUCCACAGCAGGCAUGAUCAAGAUGCCAGACUCUUUCAAGAGGCUACGUGCUGAAGCUGCCAAAGACAAUGCGUGGUCUCAGUCUUAUAUCCAGUAUCCUAGUGGGAAUAGUGGAUCAACCCAGCCCAGCGGUGGACGCAGAAGGUCGCAUUACCCGAAUAAAUACAUGCUGGGUGCUCUUGCCGGGUUGAUGAUCAUCGAAGGAAUGGGUAAGGAGAAGGACUCCGAAUCAACUGCCAAGGGCCUGUUGGCACUUCCGAUCCACCUGAUAAAGCAUCUUCAAGCUCCACCAUCUUUGUAUUUGGAAUCAGUGGGCCGCAAUUUCUGGUCAUCCUGGCAUGCUAGGGCUAUCCUACACUUCCUCGUUCUUGCUACCCUCGUGGUUGGUGCUGCGUUCGUUGUGUUUGUCUACCUCUUCAACUCGGGGCCAGGGCGUCAGUACUCCUCAAAAACAUCAUCAGCACCGGGUGUCAUGUUGUCUUCUUCCAACUUCAGGCGUCAGGCUUGGUUGACUAGCAUCCAACGAGUCGGGGUACCAAGACAUAGGUUCUUCCACGAAUGGUAUGUUGUGACAUCGCGUUGUUUCGAAUAUGUUAUACGAUGCCUUCUGGGAUGGAAACUCUACUCGUCGAUCACAGGAAUUACUGAGGAAGAUGAAAGAGGUCGGGUGAAAACGUGGGACAUCGCAAUUGAUGCUCAGCUCUCUGGUGGUGAUGCGGAAAUCAGCAAAAGCAGGCUUGUUCUCACAAUUUUCGCUGCUGGAACUCUACCACGCAGCCCCAUGAGGAUGAUGCUGAAGGCUCUUCACUGCCGUAUCCUUCUUUGGCGGGUAGGAGUUCCGGGAUCAUGGAGCUUUCAAAUAUCGAACGAUGUUGCUCGUGGACUAGCCGGGUAUCAAUGGGAUUUGGCACGAAAGAUGAAUGCAUUCCUGCCCAAAGACCAUCCAAAUGCGCUCCCUAGCCACCUUGCUACCUUGCUAGAGUUCGAUAGUGAGGAUGUCAUGAUUGAUAGCAUUACCCAAAGGGCAGCUAAUCUUACGUGGAAUCGCCCUACUCAGGAGGGAUCCGACGGCGAUGAUGCGCUUCUUGAUGUGAUAGAAGAAGAUCCUGCCAUUCAGUCCUCUUUAGACGCGCUUGCUGCUUGGUGGUCUUCUCACCUUUUGCAACGUGCUCUUCUCCAAUACUUCGAGGCAAGUUCUCGUGGUCCUGACGCCAAGAAGAGCCGCGAUUUAUUCAAGUCCCAAAUCAAACUGGCCCUUGGAGUGGCACCGCAACCAUCUGCCGCUCAUACACGUGCUCUCGUUAUGAUGGCCGUUUUCUUCGAACAAGAUCGCAUCACGAACAUUGGAGCGGUCCUUUCUGCGUUGCCAAAAGAAAAGGGUAAGAGCAAGCAGAACCAGGCUUCCAACUUCCUCGAUUCAUCCCUACCCGUUUCUAUCCGAGAAGAAAUAUCCAUAGCCGUACGCUGCGCUAUGAUCGCCGCUAUUUUCACUGCGCGAUCUAGUGGUGACCACUCGCUCCCUGCAUCGUUCACAAUGGACAAGGCUGUUACUUGGUUCAACCAGUUGCCCCUUGAUCCGGUUGAGCUGACUCUUUUGGGCUUCGCCGCUGUCUAUCAUUUACUCCACGUUCUUGCCUCGGAUACGGGCUAUCUAUCCUCUUCAGACUCCUCAUAUCCCUCCUCGCCCGUGCUUAAAAGCUCAUCCCUACCAUUGAAUUCCUCGGAAGAUGAGGUAGACACUGGUCCAUCCUCUGCUCAUAUCCACAAAAUAUUACCUCAACCUGUUCCUCUCCUUGGUCGUGUGGCUUCGGAGCUCAUGUACUGGGCACGAAAUGCUUAUAACCCAACAUUUUACGGAUUUACGUCCAAUCUUAUCAAGGUUAUUGAAGCGGAGUGUACUUCUUUAUGUCACAGUGCUGGUGUUGAUGUCGCCGAUUAUUCUUGCAUCCAGGAGGAGAAAAUGAAAGCGAGACAGCGCUCCGAUAAAAAGAAGAAGAGGGCACCACGAAGACCCAAAGCACUUGAAAAACAACAAGCCCAAGGCCGGAAUCAAACGUCGGAUACACCACGGGAACAAGAACCUUCAUAGGAAAAAAGUUGACUAGCCCUCUCUGUGGGCCUUCUUCUCAUCAUUAUAUUGUAUAGCCAUGUUAUAUUAUGUUCCUCUCUGUUUCUCUCUUAAUAGUUGGUAUGACACGUAUGGCCAGGGUCAUGGGCGGACAAAUUUUGGUACAACGGUGUUUAUGGAUUUGUUACGGCUAUCCUUCCACUAAGAUCUUUCUUCCCUCUAUUCCAAUAAACUGAAUUUGCUGCCAUGAAAUGGCGGGUUGCCUUGUGUGGACUUAAUUCCUAAUGUUUUUACUCAAAAUGUUUUCUUCGUCCGGUGUUACGAGUUCUGAC